UCGUGCAGCCGCGUCAGAAAACGGGCCCGAGCGAGCGAGGCUCGCGGUGCAGCCCGAAACCGAAGCCGCGGUCACACCUCGUGCAAUCAGUCAAACCGAGAAGCGCUUGAUGCGAUUCGCGAUUCGCGCAUGGCAGGCGCACACGUCGGCCUGCAGCGUGGGCUUCGGGCCGGUGCUGUGGCCCCUUCUCCCCGGAGGAGCGGGGGGCCAUUUCUGCUGCUGAUGGGGCAGGGCAGCUGCUGAGGGCAGGUGCUGGGCAGCGGGGGCAGCUGGAGGCGACACUGGUGGGAGAUCCUUCACAGACGCCGGCAGCGAUGCUCCGGCGUGUGCAGAACACGGUGCUGGGAGACCUCUGCGGCGUCUUCCCUUGAAAGCCCUGUGGGGAGACGACCCGAAACGACCCGAGGGAGUCGAGUUGCGGGAGGCGAGACCCCAAGGCUGGAGGGCCCUGGCUGCGUUCCCGGGAGGAGCGAAGGGCUGUUAUGAGUGCUACUGACGCAACUAGAUCAAAGCAGAAAGGAAGUCUGGUGGGCGACAGGCAGAGGUGGAAGGAAAGUCUGCGGCCGCACAGCGCUUACAGUGGGAGCCUGGGACGUGAGAGGCACGGCUUGAAGCGAACUGGAAACUGUAAAGCAAGAAAUGGAACGGUUAAACGUUGCCAUGCUUGGGGUGAGUGAACUGAAGCGGACUGGAAAGGCGCAAACAGCAAGACACACUCCAGUCAGACAAACGCCAAGGGCUGUGCUCAAGACGAAUACAGAAGAAAUGCCGUGGCUCCAAGACUAAGGCAAGACAAAACACGGGGAGUAAGAAGCUAUAAUGCAAAAUCCAACUGAAUAAUAGCAACCAGAAUUUGUGGGAAGCCUAUCAACGUAAACAGCAUUUAAGCUUAUGCUCCAACAACAGAUGCUGAAGAAGAAAUAGAAAACUCUUAGACGUGUGUUCAAAAGAAAAUUGAUAACAUAGCAAACCAAGAUAUUCUGCUGAUCAUAGAUGUCUGAAACACAAAAGACAGAAACAAAGCAGAGUCAGGUGUUGUGGAAAAUUUGGCCUAGGGGUCAGAAAUGAAGCAGAAAGACCCACAAAAUUCUGUGAAGCCAACCUUCUGUUUUUCACAAAUACAUACUUCGGGCAAUUAAGCGGACAACUCUAUACAUGGAUAUCACCAGAUGGCCAAUAGAGAAAUCACAUUGACUAUGCAUUUGGAAUCAGACCGGGGAGAAGUUGCAUUCCCACAACAAAAGCAAGACCCAGGGCAGAUUGUGGUAAUGGUUUGCAUUACUCAGCUUAACUGAUCAGGAGCCAGAAGAACUGUGGACUGCAAGCAGAAGCAUUAUCUGGGAAGAACACAAAAAAACGAUUCCUGUAGUAAAAAGAAAGAAAAAACCUAGAUGGAUGGCAGAAGAAACAUUCACAACUGGUAGGACAGGCAAGAAACCAAAGAAAAAGGUGACGGAAACACGGUCAGAAUCCCAAACGGAACUUUUCAGCAACCAUUGCAUAUUACAAUGGCCAGUGCAAAGAAGUAGAGGAGAACAGAAGCCAAACAAGAUUCCUCUCUAGGUUAGGUUAACCAUAGAAAUAAACUAAGCAUUGGUCAUCGUUUCCCAUUUUGGUCUGGUGGCCCCUGGGAUUGUUGGGGGGUGGGAGGGCUGCACAAGAAGACCUUGCCGUCGGCCCCGGUCUGCAGAGGGAGGGUGCUGCCCGUGCUUGGCAGCUGCCCCAUCCCUGCGCGCCUGUGCUUUCAGGCCCCUCCUUUGAAUAUACAAAGCAUUCCUCCUCAGUUCCAGUUUCUGUUUUGCUAAGAAGGCUGGGAGCAGACAUUCGCUUGCAGGAAUGACUCACGGAUCUUUUAUCCAAGCCCAGCUCUCCAGCCUGUCAAGAUCACCUCGAAUCUUGUGCCUGUCUUGCAGGGUAUUCGUGAUCCCACCCAGUUUUGGGUCAUCUGCAGAUCUGAGCAUUGUUCCCGGCACCUCUCCAUCCGUGUCAUUAAUGGAAAUUUCGAAGAGGACUGAGCCCUGGCGCCCCACCUGUUACCCCUCCCCAGUUUGAGAUGGUGCCACUGGCAGUCCGGCUCUGUGGCCAGGUGUGGAUCCACCUGAGAGCUGCCCACUUUUGCCUAGUUUGCUAACCAGGAUAUCGCGGGGCACUUUGCUGAAGUCGAGUAAUCACUGCAUCGCUUUCAAGGGCCGUGAAGCCCACCUGGAUGGUCUGGUUCACAUGGCCACAGCAAACCUGACUCCCCCUGGCUCCCUGGAGGUCAACCAGCCGGGGUUUCCCAAGGAGAUCCUGGGCACCGAGUUGGAGGGCAAGUACCUGUGCUCAGACUGCAGGAACAUCUUGAGGCGGCCGUUUCAAGCUCAGUGUGGCCACCGGUACUGCUCCUAUUGCCUGAAGAAAAUCAUCAGCUCAGGGCCACAGAAGUGCGCGGUGUGUAUUCAGGAGGGGAUCUACGAAGAGGGCACGUCGAUCUUGGAGACUGGUUCGGCUUUCCCAGAUAAUGCAGCUCGCCGAGAAGUGGAGAGUCUUCCGGCGAUCUGUGUGAAUGAAGGCUGUACGUGGAAAGGAACGAUAAAAGAAUACGAGAGCUGCCACGAGGGGAGCUGCCCUUUCCUGCUGGUCGCGUGCCCGGCGUGCCAGGCCCUGGUCAGACUGAGCGGGAAGGAGCACCAUGCCGAGCGGGAAUGCCCCGAGAGGAACCUCAGCUGUAGAUACUGCAAAGCGCUUUUCUACUUCCCUGAGAUUAAGGCCCAUGAUGAGGUGUGUCCCAAAUUUCCUCUCACCUGUGAGGGCUGUGGAAAGAAGAAGAUCCCGCGAGAAAAGUUUCUAGAGCACUUCAAGACCUGCAGCAAGUGUAAAGCUCCUUGCCGAUUCCAGCCGGUCGGUUGCUCCGAAGUGGUGGAGAACGAGAAGCUGUGUGAGCACGAGAGCAAGUGCGUGGGGGAGCACCUCUGUAUGCUGCUGAACUUCGUGCUGAGCCUGGGCGCUGAGCCCGGCAAGCCGCGGCCCCCGGCGAGCCUCCCGUCGGUCGAGUCCGGUGCGGGGCUGCUGGGCGGCCAGCCCUUGGUCUCCGAGGCGGAGCUCUCCGGCUCCGUGGAGCUCCUGGGCAGGUGCGAGGCUCUGGAGCGGAAGACCAUCACCUUCGAGAACAUCGUCUGCGUGCUCAACCGCGAGGUGGAGCGGGUGUCCCUCACGGCCGAGGCCUGCAGCCGGCAGCACCAGCUGGACCAGGAGAAGAUCGAGGCGCUCAGCAGCAAGAUCCGGCAGCUGGAGCGGAGCAUCGCGCUCAAGGACCUGGCCCUGGCCGAGAUGGAGCACACGGUCCAGGAGCUGGAGGCCUCCACCUACGACGGCGUCUUCAUCUGGAAGAUCUCGGACUUCGCCCGGAAGCGCCAGGAAGCCGUUGCCGGCCGCUCACCGGCCAUCUUCUCUCCGGCUUUCUACACGAGCAAAUAUGGCUACAAGAUGUGCCUACGCAUCUACCUCAACGGGGACGGGACCGGGCGCGGCACCCACCUGUCCCUCUUCUUCGUCGUGAUGAAGGGGCCCAGCGAUGCCCUGCUGAAGUGGCCUUUCAACCAGAAGGUCACCCUGAUGCUCCUGGACCAGAACAACCGGGAGCACGUGAUCGACGCUUUCCGCCCCGACGUGACUUCCUCGUCCUUCCACCGGCCGGUCAGCGAGAUGAACAUUGCCAGCGGCUGCCCGCUCUUCUGCCCCAUCGCCAAGAUGGAGAGCAAGCACUCAUACGUGCGGGACGACACCAUCUUCGUCAAGGCCAUCGUCGACCUCGCGGGCCUCUAGCGCUCCCGCCGCUCCUGCCGUGUGGCCCCUGCCCCUGGCGAGGGCGGCGUGUGUCACUCCGGAAGAGGAGGACCCUCCCGGCCGGCGGAGGAAGCGGGGCCUCCUGCCAGGCCUCCGUGGCCUCGGACACGCCGGCCACCUUGCCGUGGAUCGUGUGCCUGCUGGGAGCUGGCUGUCCCUGCCCGCCUCUCCGCAGAGGCCCGGGUGCCUUGGCGCACGAAAGGGGCUUCUGUGUUCUUCCUCGGCGUGGCUCGUGCUCGUGGACGGGUUGCCCCGGCCCGGCAGGGAAGGGGCCAGGAUGGCCGCGGCCCGCCUGAAGAGCCACCCUCCGGGGAGGAGGGAGCCUUGCCGGAGCCCUGCUGGCGGCAACGGGCGAGCGAGUGGGCCAGACGUGGCCGAGAGGAGCGUUGUCCGAGGGCUCGGCAGGACCCGCUGAAGGAGCCGAGCAGAGCAGAGAUGGGGAGGAAGCUGGGGGGCCGGGAGCCGGGCCCGCCUCACCGUGCCCCGCCUGAGUCCCCUCUGCGUGGUCCCUGGAGUGGGUCCCGGGCUGCUUGUGGCCCUCGCAAAGAGCAUGGGAUGCGACCAUGGGUGCCUUCCUGUGCUGUUCCCGACCCUGACCCACCCGGGUAGGCAGCCCUCCCUGCUGAGCUGCAGCCGGAGGGCCAGCCGGGCAGAGUGCAGGUCCCUGAGCUGGGCCCCUCAGGCCCUGAGGUUUCUCUGCCGCAGGGGCUUGCGGGGCAGUGAAGGUCCACCAAGUCAGGCUAGUUCAUUCCGUGGCAGCAGCCAUCCUUGGCAGCAGCCACGCCACGGCUGCCGGCCCGCUCCCUCGGCGGCCUACGGCUCUGCAGGGCAGGCCGGGCGUCCCGGCAGUCCGGGGGGAGGAAGUGGGUGCUCGGAGGGCCUUCCAGCCUUCUGCCUCAAGCCCCCUCCCCACCAGUCCAGGCCUCUGACUGGCCGCGAUGGGAAGCGGCCACUUGGGACAGCUUUCUGCAGGCCCGACGGAGCCUUUUUCGUGGAGACGUGGCUGCGUCAGCCUGGCCGUUUGGGGGCCUCGGAGCCGCCCACCCCCCCGCAGCUCUGCUGCCUUCAGAGAUUUUCCGCAUGGUCUCUGCAGAAGGAGGGGCGAGCACCUUUCUGUGCACCAAAUUCAUAAUCCUUUCUUAUUACCCUGCAUAAAGUCAGAUUCUGCUCAUUA